AUGGGUCUAUUAACCAUACUACGAAAGCAGAAGUUGAAAGAAAAGGAAGCUAGAGUUCUAUUACUAGGUUUAGACAAUGCGGGCAAAACGACGAUCUUGAAACGCCUACUAAACGAAAAUAUAAGUACAGUGUCCCCUACGUUUGGUUUCCAAAUUCGUACUAUAAAUGUGGAAGGACUCCAUUUAACAGUUUGGGAUAUAGGAGGUCAGAAAACUUUACGAAGCUUUUGGAAAAAUUAUUUUGAGUCAACAGAGGCCAUCAUUUGGGUCAUAGAUAGCCUUGAUGAAUCGAGACUACAAGAAUGCAAAUACCAACUGCAUGAACUUUUACUGGAAGAAAAAUUACUAAAUAUAAGUCUGUUAAUUUUGGCUAAUAAAUCUGAUGCUGCGGGCUCUUUAAACGCCAAGAAAAUUGAGCAGCUACUACAUUUGGAUGUACUAAAAUCUCAACACUACGGUAUUUUUUCGGUAUCUGCAAUAACCGGUGACGGUAUUCAAGAAGCUAUGUAUUGGUUAGCUUCUGAUUUAAAAGAAAGUAAAAUGGGCAUUUUAUCAAAUUAA